AUGGCGGCUGCCGGAGGUCGAUUUGAAAGUGCGAGGAGCAUCGAAGAGCGUAAGGAGCAGACCCGGAUCGCCAGGGCCGAGGUGUUGCGCCAGGCUAAAGCCAAUUUUGAGAAGGAAGAAAGGCGUAAAGAACUUAAACGACUUCGGGGUGAGGACACAUGGAUGCUACCUGAUGUGAAUGAGCGGAUUGAACACUUCUCACAGGAACACUCUGUGAAGAAAAAGAAGAAAAAAGACAAGCAUUCAAAAAAAGUAAAGAAAGAGAAGAAAAAAAAGAGCAAGGAACAGAAGUAUGAAAAGAACAAUGAGUCAUCUGAGAGUUCAUCAAGCUCCGAAGAGGAGUGGGUUGAGGCUGUUCCACCCGAGACUUCUGGCAAGGAAAAGGCCUGGAAACUGAAAGGUGAAAAGUCAGAAAAAGAAGACAACCAAGGUAUUCAGAGGGAUGAGUGGAUGACUGUUGAUUUUAUGUCUGUUAAAACUGUGUCGUCAUCAUCACUCAAAGCUGAAAAAGAAACAAAAAAGAAAAUAGAGCAAGCAAAAACCCAAGCACUUGAACAGUCCAGGCUGCUGGAAAGAGAAUUGAAUCCAUAUUGGAAGGACGGUGGGACAGGUCUUCCACCAGAAGACUCUGCUACGUCAUCAGUUACUAAAGUUUCAGUAAUAGAAGAUGGGGGAUUGAGCUGGCUAAGGAAGUCUUACCAAAGAAUGAAGGAACAGGCUGAGAAACAGAAUAGAAAUUUUGAAGACAUUGUAGCUGAAAGAUAUGGGUCAAUGGAAAUAUUUCAGUCGAAAUUAGAAGAAGCUGAAAAAACUGCAUCCGCAAGAGAGGACUGUAGACGAGAACGCUGGAGGAAGCCGACGUAUUCAGAUAAAGCACUAAGUAGUGAAGAAAGUAGAAAAUCAGACUUGACAAAAUAUAAUAAAAGUUCAAGGGAUAGACAUAGUUCCACAGAUAUUAUAAAAGAUAAAGAUAAAUUUUGUGGUGAUGAAAAAAAUAAUAGAACUGGGUCUUCAGAAGCAUACAGAAGAGACUCCAGUUCAAGGCAAAGUCAAGAGUUUUCUGCUCUUGGGAAUUUGAGACCUAAGUUCAUCAGGCCCUCUGAUGAUGAACUGCCAUUUCAUCACAUGGGGAGGAAUGUCGAAUCUUCCAGUUCACCCUCAGCACUGGCCACUCAAGGUUCUGUGCGUUGUGGUUUUCGAAAACCGACAGAAAGCGAAGAAAGUUUAUCAUCAUGGAGUCGAUCUGGUGAGAGAGGAGGAGAGAAGAAACAUUCACAUCGAAAUCCAUUGGAAACCAGUCACAGUGUUGACUAUCAACGUAUCUCAGAAGAUGCAAGCCAGAAAUCACAUGAUGAAAGCUCGAGGGAUGACUCACUGAGAGAAGAACAUCUCCAAAACAGAAAGUCUUCAUUUUCUGGAAGCCACUUCGAGGAUGAGUCCGUCCACAUCCUGAGUGUUGAUGAGAAGAACAAGUUGGGAGCCAAGAUUAUCAAGGCAGAGAUGAUGGGAAAUAUGGAAUUAGCUGAGCAACUUAAAGCCCAACUUGAAAAGGCAAAUAAAUUCAAAGAAACUAUAUCAUCAAAAAAAUCUGGGAUAGAGAAUGAAGACCAGCAAGAAGUGAUUCUUGUCAGAACAGAUCAGUCUGGGAGAGUUUGGCCUGUGAACACACCAGAGAGACCUCUGGAAUCUAAAGGAGGAAGAAGGAAGAGACAGAUGGCUUCAACCCAUGAGGAAAAAGAAAGGGUCAGAUACUUUCAUGAUGAUGAUAAUUUAAGUCUAAACGAUUUAGUCAAGAAUGAGAAGAUGGGAACAGCAGAAAAUCAGAACAGACUUUUUAUGAGGAUGGCAUCUAAGUUUAUGGGGAAAACAGAUGGAGACUAUUAUACUCUGGAUGACAUGUUUGUCUCCAAAGCAGCUGAAAAAGAGCAUUUCGGUGAAGAAGCAGAGAACCAGAGGAAAAGAGCUAUUGCUGAACACCGGAGUCUUGCUGCACAAAUGGAAAGGUGUCUGUAUUGUUUUGACAGCUCUCAGUUUCCCAAGCACCUUAUUAUUGCAAUAGGUGUUAAGGUUUAUUUAUGUUUGCCCAACUUCCAGUCUCUUACUGAGGGUCACUGCCUGAUAGUCCCUCUGCAGCACCACAGAGCCGCUACCUUAUUGGAUGAAGACAUCUGGGAGGAAAUUCAGAUGUUUAGAAAAUCAUUGGUAAAGAUGUUUGAAGAUAAAGGGUUGGAUUGCGUCUUUUUAGAAACUAACUUGAGCAUGAAGAAACAGUAUCAUAUGGUUUAUGAAUGCAUUCCUGUCCCAAAGGAAGUGGGUGAUAUGGCGCCCAUCUAUUUUAAGAAAGCCAUAAUGGAGUCUGAUGAGGAGUGGUCUAUGAACAAGAAAUUGAUCGAUCUGUCUUCCAAAGAUAUCAGAAAAUCUGUGCCUAAAGGCUUACCUUACUUCUCUGUGGAUUUUGGUCUUCAAGGAGGAUUUGCUCAUGUCAUUGAAGAUCAACACAAAUUCCCUCAUUAUUUUGGAAAGGAAAUCAUUGGUGGGAUGCUGGAUAUAGAGCCUCGACUUUGGAGGAAAGGGGUCCGUGAAAGCUUUGAGGACCAGAGGAAGAAAGCACUGCAAUUUGCUCAGUGGUGGAAACCAUUUGACUUCACCAAAAGUAAAAAAUGUUGA